AUGGUCAAAGCCAGUUUUCAUGAUAUACCUAGUGAGUGGGCAUUGAGAAGUCUUCAGUCAACGACCAUUGAUAGAACGCCACCAAACCCAGAUAAUACCUCUGCCACCUGGUGGACCGAUCCGGGUUUGAGGAAGAAUGUUUACCAUUGCCUCGGUUGCUGUCUUUGUGUCUUCUAUCUUGGCUAUGAUCAAUCUCUAUUGACGGGGCUUCAGGCGCUCCCACAGUGGAAUGCGUUCUUUGGGUCCCCUUCAGGUAACAAACUCGGUUUAAUCGCUGCAUCCAUCUUCCUUCCAUCCAUAGUGACGGCCUUUAUUGGCGACUUCAUCGCAUAUCGAUAUGGAAGACGAUAUGCAAUCUGGAUCGGAUCGAUUCUUAUUGUGAUUGGCGCUUUGGUGAACGCUUUCGCUAAGAACCUUGGAAUGUUCGUCGGAGGCCGGAUAAUCCUUGGCUCCGGAGGUGCGCUAACCAAGGUGGGAGCCCCAUCAUUACUCCAAGAACUUGCCCACCCUCGUCUGCGACCUUCUCUUGCUGGGUUGUACUACGGAUUCUACUAUACGGGGAGUUUGACCUCCGCGAGUCUCUGUAUUGCCGGAUUAUACAUCAAGGGAAAUUGGGGUUGGCGAUUUCCCGCUAUAGUACAGAUACUCGGCCCUUCGGCUGUGCUGUUUAUAACCUCGACGGCGCCUGAAUCUCCUCGUUUCUUGAUCAAGAUGGGCAAGAACGAACAAGCUAUGGCUGUCUUGACGCGUUAUCAUGCAAAUGGAGCCAAGGACGAUCCUCUGGUCCAGUGGGAGUAUCAAGAGAUUGUGACCGCUCUACACGAGGAGGAACUCAAGCCCAAAACCAGCUACAUGGAUUUCUUCAAGACCCGAGGUAAUCUGUUGCGAUUGGCGGCCGUUGUCAGUUUGGCUUUUGGAACGAAUUGGGUUGGCAACGGACUGGUCUCGUAUUAUCUCUCGCCAGUGCUGAAGUCUGUAGGGGUGACACGUCCAGUCGAGAUUACAGGUAUCAAUGCCGGACUAGCGUUUUGGAACUUGUGCGUAGCCGUUACCGCCGGCCUCAAUAUCGACAGAUUUGGUCGUCGACCUCUAGCUUUUGUGUCUAUCGGCGGAAUGUUCAUCAGCUACGCGAUUGUGAUGGCGACAUCGGGAACAUUUGCUCAAACUGGGAAUCAAUCGGCAGGUCUGGCUGCUAUCCCGUUCCUGUUCCUGUUCUACGGCUUCUAUACCCUCUUCUGGACCCCGGUGCCUUAUCCAUACUCGGCCGAGAUCUUGCCUUACGCACUUCGUUCCAAGGGGCUAGCAAUCUUUACAUCGGUGCAGAAUCUCGGUAAUACAUUCAACCAGUUUGUCAAUCCGAUAGCCUUAAAAGCUAUUGCCUGGAGAUACUACGGGGUCUAUCUUGGUGUACUCGCGGUCUACUUUGUCAUCGCCUUGGUGCUGUAUCGGGAGAGCAAGGGCAUGACUCUAGAAGAAAUCUCUAUCUUGUAUGAUUAUCCACUUAAGGGGGGUAGACAACAGGCCAGAGAAGCUCUUGAACAGCAAGUCGCAGCAGAUACAGAUCACAAAGUCAUGGAUGCUAAACGCGACGUGGAGCAUUUAGAAAAUGCAUGA